GCAGGCAGGGAGGCUGUGCUCUGCUCCCAUGUUGAUGUUUGUUGUUCGCGAGGGUGGCAGCAGAACCGCGCGAGUGUAGAGGGACACAAUCCGAGGGGUUGCCGGCCUGCCUCCACGCUUCCUGGGCAAUGCUGCAACUUGUUCCCCAGAAGCCGCGGCCGACCGGUGGACACUGCUGCUGAUUAUUCGCCGUGUGUUGCCGUGAGCCGCGAGGCGGCGGGGCUCGGCUCUCGUGAGUCAGGAUGCUGGAGCUGGUCUGAAGAGCAGCCCCCCGACGUGCGGUCGGUCCUCUGGAUGUCCCUUCUUUUUCCCCUUUUAAAUUUUUUUAAACCAACUUCUUCAUCGACGACGAGCUGACAAUUUGUUUUUCAUCGGGUAACUUCAAACAAAUAAACAUGGUGUUCUUCGCUUCGUCGUCGGGUCCUGGAUAAGGAGACGAGUCGCUACGUGACAACACCCCGCGCGACGGCCAGCGCUACUUUCCUUCGCCGAGGCAGCGCGUCAACCGCCGCUUUCGGCGGAACGACACCGCCGGGUCGGCACAUCUGCCCCGGGAUUUAUCAGCAAUUGAUGCAUCUCGGGGUGUCAGAGUCCAUGAGAGAGUGCGAGUACAGCCAAAUAAGCACUCGCAGCUCUACACCGAUGGAGACCCCUUUCAAGAAAAGGACCCCAAAGAGGAGGAAGUGGGAGACCUUCCCGGGUCGGAAUAAAUUUUACUGCAAUGGGAGGAUUAUGAUGGCCAGGCAGACAGGGGUUUUCUACCUCACCGUUGUCCUCAUCCUCGUAACUUGUGGACUUUUCUUCGCUGUUGAUUGUCCGUUCCUGGCCCUGCAGCUGACCCCAGUUAUCCCAGUCGUAGGAGGUGUGCUGUUUCUGUUUGUAUUGGGGACGCUCCUGAGAACCAGCUUCAGUGACCCAGGGGUGCUGCCCAGGGCCUCCUCAGAUGAAGCGGCUGACCUGGAGAGGCAAAUAGAUGUGGCUAAUGGCGGUACAGGCUACAGACCUCCUCCCAGGACCAAGGAGGUGGUCAUCAACGGCCAGACAGUCAAGCUGAAGUAUUGCUUCACCUGCAAGAUCUUCAGACCGCCGCGCGCCUCCCACUGCAGCCUCUGUGACAACUGUGUGGAGCGUUUUGACCACCACUGUCCCUGGGUGGGCAACUGCGUGGGAAGGAGGAACUACCGUUUCUUCUACAUGUUUAUCCUCUCGCUCUCCUUCCUCACCAUCUUCAUCUUCUCCUUCGUCAUCACAAACAUCAUUAUACGCUCCCAGCGAAGCGGGUUCCUCACCGCACUUAAAGAUAGUCCUGCCAGUGUGCUGGAGGUGGUGGUGUGUUUCUUUUCGAUCUGGUCCAUAGUGGGCCUCUCAGGCUUCCAUACCUACCUGAUCAGCUCCAACCAGACCACCAAUGAAGAUAUAAAAGGUUCAUGGUCUUCUAAAAGAGGGAAGGACAACUAUAACCCCUACAGCCAUGGCAAUAUAUUCACCAACUGCUGUGCAGCCCUGUGUGGACCCCUGCCACCAAGCCUCAUAGACAGACGAGGCUUUGUCCAAUCGGACGCACCGCAGCUGGCACCACCAACCAAUGGCAUCGCGAUGUACGGGGCCACCCAGUCUCAGCAGAGCCACAUGUGUGACCAAGACCGGUGCAUUCAGAGCACCAAAUUCGUUUUGCAGGCCGCCGCCGCCACGCCUCUCCUCCAGCAGCAGAGCAGCGAGCCCGUCGUCCUGACGACCUCCCCCGAAAGCGGAGGCGCUUUACCCGGCCGCACCUCCCUCAUCCCGUGCGGCUCACUGCCCCUCGGCAUGCCCGCCCCGCCAGCGUCCACCCCGAGCCUGAGCUGCCACGAGGCCACGGACAUGCUGCCCAUCCACGGACACGGCCACGCACACAACCACAGCCACCCCCUCCACGACCCAGUGGCCCACCACCACUUUCUCACCCCGGAGGAAGUGCCCUCGCCACCGGGCAUGCUUCCCUGCGGCAGCCCCAUGGGUCACAGCCACGCCAUGCAGGCCGGCUUCUACAACCCAGCCAGCCAGGACUCGCUGCACGAGGACUCUGUGAGAGGAUUGGUGAAGCUCAGCUCCGUCUGACAAUGGGAGGUAAGCUCCCUCCUCCCUCUUGAAACACGCGUCCAACCCACGAACGCUUGGACCGGCUCGCUUUCACCCGGGAUCGGCUUUCCGAACGCUCCUCCGCAGGACUCGAGGACUGAGAAGGGCUGCGGUUUGAAUUCAGCUGCUAGAAAACUGAACCGAAGUGAAACCAGUUGUCCUCAGCCGAUGUCUCGCCGCCUCCGUUGGGCGAGGGAGCGAUGUUUGUCCAAUGACCUGUUGGGCACCGCCGACACAUGCUUCUUUUUAAUUUCUUUUUUUUUACUUCAAGGGAAGCACAUGCCAUUAUCUCCUGGGAACUGGACCGGGGAGUUCCUCUUUCACAGUGGCAUAUGUCUGUGAGCCGGGUGAGGCACAAAAAAGAUGUUUUGACAGUACGUGACAAUUUCUGGUCGAAAUUAAGGUGUUUUGUAAAACAAACUUUAGCCGUUUUGCCUGUUGCUGAUUGGACGGUGUCUUUUGCCUUUUGUCUUAGACAUUCGCAGCAGUGCAAUGGUUCAUGUCAUCAUGAUGCAUAUCAUUCUGCCUUUUCUAUGUCAAAAAAACAAAACCAGAGACUGUUGUACUGUACCAUGAUUGACAAAUCUUACAAAUUAUAUUUCUUGUGGAUAUUAAUAAAACCAACUUUUAUCUGAUAAGAUUGCAUUAAUAUUGAAGUUUGAAAGGCAUGUGGGCUAAUGCGAGUCAUGUGGCGAUAACAUGUCCUUUAAUGUUCAUCCUGUGGUCAUUAGUAAAUGAGACGGAAUAAAAAACAAGCACGUCCAAUGAAUGUUGCUGAACAUU